AUGUGCCUUACACGGGAGACACUAUUGCUGCUGCAUCUCCGAAGGUUAAAUGGUGGCACUGUAAUCCACACCGUAUCUUUUUGGGGGAUGUAUCCGAUGAAGAAACUACCGCUACUUGUCGUCACUCCUGCCACACCCAACCUCAACGCGUAUGUUCAAGGCAAUAACGCCGUCGCAGUGACCAAACAAGACAAUCUGAUUCUAGAAAGCAGUCAAGCGUACGCCUUCCGUAUCUUCGUUCUGAACUCCAGAGGUAUCAGCGACUCCGUAUCAGUGUUCGAGGCUCAGACAUCAGCAAGUUCCGUUGUCCCCUCCCCACCCACAGGUGUAGCGCUGGGUGAAUUCCAUGGGCCCACGUGGCUGUCGAUCAACUACUGGGCUCCGUUUUGUUCUGGUGGUGCGAAAGUGACCAUGUACCGUAUCGAAUGGGAUUCCUCACCGAAUUUUGACAGUUCCAGUAGUGAUUACGGUGUGGCAAGUAUUCAAGAAACAUACGAGAUACAGCAGGUUACUACAAGUUAUCGCUCUGCAGGUGCGGGAGGAACGUUUACACUUUCUUGGGGCGGCGGUAAGACCUCCGCGUUGCCGUUUGAUUGUUCGGAAGCAGAGAUGAUCGACGCACUCGCUAUCAUUACGGAUACUGUAAAUGUCGCUGUCGAUCCUGUAAUGGUGACUCGAAACAAAUUGGCGUUAGGGUAUACGUGGAAGAUUACGUUUCUGCACAAUUGGGGCGAUUUAGCGCCACUCGUUGCUGAUGGCAGGCAGUUAACGGGCGAUUCUCCUCGUAUUAGAGUUGACGAACUUAUUCACGGCUUCAGUGAUCUGGCGACUGGAGAUUUUACCCACGAAGUCCAGGACGUGUACACCGAUGGAGUGUAUCCAAUUACGGGUUCGUUUACGUUGACUUUUAACGGGAAAAAUACGGGAGCCAUCUUGGUUAGCGCAUCGGCGUUGGAGAUGCAAGCUGCGUUACAGGCGACCACUACGUCAUACUCUAUCAAGGUCACGAAGACAGUACGGAACGCGGCGCUUAACACUGCAGUUUGGUCCGUCACUUUUGCGUACCUUCGAGGGGAAGAAAUGGUCGGAGCAGGGAAUAUUUUCACUAUGACGGUUGCAAGUUCGCAGCUUACGGGAACCAAUGCAAUAGUGCAUGUUGCGAAUAGAGUUACGGGGUCGGACCCUUUCCGCUUUACGAUCACAGGACUUCGACCCGGUAUAAGGUACUACGCACACGUGAUGGCGUACAACGCCGACGGCUUUGGGUCUGCCAAUUCACCACUCGCCAGUGCAGUAACGUGCAGUCAACCCCCAGCACCUAAGUCUGUUACAGCCAGUGUAGUGGAUGGAACGACAUUACAGGUGGAUUGGAGCGCGAGUACUGUAAGCGAGCUGUGCAGUGUGGAUAAGUACAAGGUUGAAUGGUAUCGAACGGAAGGAACACAAGAACAACAAACCAUUACAACGUCAGCGGGUAAAGGGAUUCCAGAGGUUCAGAGGUUAGUGAACUUUGCAGAUUCCCAAACUCUAAAUGGGUAUUUCAAGCUGGCUUUUGGAGGUGAAGUGACUGAAAACAUCCGAUGGGAUGCCGCUGCUAUUGGCUUAAAUUCGGUUAAGGAGCGAUUAGAGCGUUUAUCUACAGUUGGAAGUGUAGAUGUCUCUAAAGCAGAAUCGACGCGGGUUACCGGAGGCUUACUUGUGACUGCUACGUCAACCACCGUCACAGUUCAUGGGUCGUCUACAUCCACGAUAGGGGGUGCAAACCUUGCUCAAGGGGAUGUGAUUUGGAUUGCUGGGAAUAAGCGAACAAUUAGUGCUCCAGUUAGUGUUACGGAUACUACCCUAACGAUCGAUACAGCUCUCGAAAUUACGGUUCCAGUACCCGUAUUUAAGAGUGCGUACGGUUACGAGUGGAAAAUCACCUUCUUAGCAGGUCAUGUGGGACCACAAGACCUCAUCCAGGUAUACCCGAGUGACAGUUGGACCGGAAAUAAUCCCGGUAUCGUUGUAAACUCGGUUCAAAAAGGUCUUCAGCCGAUUAGUGGGACGUUUAUAGUCGCCUUUGCUAGUGGAGGACUGUCGGAUUCUACGCCGCCUUUACCUCACAAUAUUUCAGCAGUCGAUAUGCAGACUGCGUUAGAGAGUUUGGUUACGAUUGGCGCUGUGAACGUAACCAGAUCGGCGAAUGGUUACGGAUACAACUGGGUAGUUACGUUUGUAUCGGAGUUUAAGAACGAUAUCUCGCUGCUAAGUGUCGAUGGAACAGAACUACAAGGCCCCGGGGCAAAAAUACUUGCCGCACGAACGCUAAAUGGUGUUCAGCCUUCUUGGUACUGCGAACGAAACGGAGCUACAGAUGUCCCUGUUGAAAUCGGAGUGCCGGGACAGCUACGCUACGUUAUCCCGGGACUAAAAACUGGUGAAAAGUACGCUAUUCGUGUACGAGCUCACAAUAGCGAACGAUAUGGCUACGCUGGAAGUAUCAGCCCUACAUUUCAAAUUCCACGGACCACUCCUUCUGCCCCACAAGCUGUGGAAUUACUAACGCUAUCCAGCAGACUGUUAAAGCUUCGGUGGAACGUUCCUAUAAGUAAUGGCGGAGCCACCAUUACGAUGUAUCAAGUUCAGUGGGAUACCUCUGCGGAUUUCAAGAACCCCAUGAAGGUAGAUUAUCCAGUAUCACCGACGAAUACAGCUCCGUUCUACUACAAUAUCCCAGUCAUUUCUGCGGCGAAAUACUACGUCCGUGUAUUCGCAGUGAAUAAUCAAGGGAAUGGAGCUUUCGCAGUGUCAAGUCCAAGUAGUAUCACGCCUAUGGAUCGUAUACCUGGACGGCCUGAGGAAGUGACUGCGAAGGUGUUGUCAAGUUACGCUAUCUUGGUUGAGUGGAAGCCGUCUUCUACCGAAAAGCCGUAUUACGGUGGAGAUGGGGGACUCCCUAUUACUCAGUAUAUGGUCGAGUGGGAUCAUUCUCCUGGGUUUGAUUCCCCUCCAGCGCUUGGUCUUGUGGAUGGAACGAAGCGUUCGUACAUUAUCGGAGGAGAUGAUGCCAUCACUGGUAUUCGGUCGGAUAAACUGAUCGCCGGUUCUUCUUACAGUAUUCGAGUUACAGCAUUUAACGCUAAAGGUGCUGGCGCCCCUCGCUCUACCACGCCAGCUUCUGUUACAGUUACAGAUCAACCGCCUAGCUCACCGCAGAACUUAAAGCUGUCUGUAAUGAGCUCAACAUCCGUUAAAGCGGAGUGGAAUAACCCAUCAUAUGAUGGCGGUGAGAGUCUCAAGUCUUACGAAAUCGAAUGGGACGAACAGAAUGAUUUUUCCAGUGGACAGAGCUCCAGCGCUACAGUCCCGAUUAUCCGAGAGAUGCAGUCCAUUACGUUGCAGAAUGAUGUUGUGAACGAGGAGCAGUUCGUGGAUGCUACAGUUAAAGUGACAAACGAAGAGCAAGUGGUACGCACGACGUUUACGGGCGUGGAUGAAGUUCAGGUGAUUACGACAACGAAUAGCGUAGUAGUGGACGAGGUUCAGACUGUGGUGACUUCAGCAACGGACCGUAACGAAGUGCAGGAAUUACGGUUAGAUGGUGACGAUGUGGAUGAGAUUCAAGCGAUUAGGACGUCAGUUGCCGAGGUUCUUCAAGUUCAAACUCUAAAAGUCGGUGUGGCUCGUACAAGUGAAGUGCAAACCAUUACGUUAACCCUACCUGGAGCGUUUGCAACCCCCGCUACGAGUAUUGGAGGCACGAUUUACUUCUCGUUUGAUAGCAGUAUCUGUACGCACUGUGUGAAGAAAAUGUACCAGCGAACGAUCAACUUGGUAUCGUCGCUUCAGGAUAAUACAGCAUCCAGCGCAGCUCUAACUGUAAAGAACGCUCUAAUUGACCUCGCUAACAUUGAUACGGUGGACGUCACGCGAACCCAGAAUCCGACAGGACCAGACCUUACGUACGUGUAUACUGUAACUUUCUCUGGUAUGGAGGUUGGAGGUAACGUGCCUGCCAUUGGAAUUGACGCUGCUGUGACGGUCGGAGGAAAUGCUGUAUCUGAUAUUCCUACACAAGCUACACAGGUUACAGCUGGGAGUGAAGUGGAUUACGCUUCAAACGCUAUUUUUACAGUUACGUAUACGUGCGAGUCGUAUUCGGAUCCGUACGCUAUUACAACGUUCAGUACUGCAUGCACUCCAGGCGCUUCAGCUCGUAUCUGCGCUGGCUGUGUGACAACAUUCCUUGGCGGUAUCUUUACGGUGGCUCUAGAUUUAAGAGCGAACGCAUAUGUGGCUACAGGAGCGAAGCUUAUAGCGGGUGUAUGCUCCUUUGAAGCGGGAACUGUAACCAAGACGGCCACUUUGACCACUAUAGCUGUUGCUACGAACGACGUUGGGUUAUAUUGCAGUGAGUUUUCCGGAAAGACUUUGGAUUUGUACAAAACCCCGCAGAUUUCAAGAGAUAUCCCGCUAAAAACGACAGCGACGACGAUCUCCAGUGCCAGUGUUGUGGAAGGUUUAUUAACUGGUGCCAUUGACUCAGUUACGGUGGCUCGCUCCGAGUUUGUUGACGCUAGCUUUGUUGGAUCCGUGUAUACUUUAACGUUUCGGAAACGAUCUGGUACGGUACCUCUGUUGCUGUGCACAGCAGCAGGAACUGCGACGUGUACGGUUACUCCUACGGUUACGGGAAGUAUGAUCAUUGGCACGUUCCAGAUUGGCUUGAUCAGUGAGGCCGAUGCUACGCAAACGCUAGUGGUUCCAACCCCAGUGUACACCGGGGAUAUUCCUUGGGAUGUUUCCGAAACGGAUCUGAAAAAUAUUCUGGAAACUGUAACUCAAAACUUUAAAAAGGUUUUUGGAACUGUCACUGUAAAGAGGACGGUGUAUUCCCCUACGGGAAAUAAAUGGUCCGGCGGAUUCACCUGGCAAAUUACGUUUACAAGUCGUGGAGGGGAUAUCCCUAAGAUGGUGACGAGAACUGUCGUUGGGGCUACUACUACACUUACAACUCCAACGAAUGGUGCACCUACCGCUGAUGUGGAAGAUGCAACACAUCCUUUGAACCCUUUUGCCAAUAGUCGAAAUGGAAACCAAGUAAUGGGGACCUUGAUGCUCAAAUUCCGAGAUGUGGCUUCAACUCUCCCGUGUACAAUUGGUGUGGAUACGUCCCUAGCAUCAUUGGAUACCAGUGUUCGGGAUACGUUACUGGAGAGCUUUAUCGUCGCUAAUCUCAAGAUCCCUAGUAUCGAGAUUAUGCGUUCUGCAGCGACCCAAGCGAGGGGAUUUACGUGGACUAUUUCUUUCUCGGACGCUUCAACGGGAGGAGACAUUGGGUUACUCCAGAUCGUAUCCUCUCAACUUACUGGAAAAAAUAUUCGCUUAGGGGUUUACGAAACCGUAAAGGGGAAUCAGUUAGGGGGUAAUUUUCAACUCAGCUUUAACGGUGAAACUACCGCCCCUAUUGCCUUUAAUGCCGAAGCUUCAGAGGUGCAAACGGAGCUGAAUAAGCUGGGUACAAUUAAACCCAGUAGUGUGCUCGUGUCUCGAGGAAAUCCCACAUUGGCGCAAGUGUUGGGGUAUACGUGGUAUAUUACGUUUCAGUCGUCUAAGUGGGCGGACCCUACUGGUGAUCACUCCAAAGGGAUAGACGGCAACUGGAAGAGCUCAUCUCCAGCAUCAUGGGAUGACGUGUGGGAGUCGGGAUACUCUAAAGCGUGGGGUCGGCAUGUCGGCCAUACUUUCCUCCUUAAAUGCAUUACAGAUGGGCUUACAACUACUGCAAAUGACGGAAGCCAGAAUUGUGUACCAAGUGUGUCAACUCCUGGUGUCGGACCGAUUAAAGGGUCUUUUACUGUAUCUAUUGACUCGAGACCUGUGAUGCACACACACAUGGCUGUAAAUUCUCUUGUGACCAGUGAGAACAUCGCGCAUAAUGCGUGGGCUACAAAGGAACAGAGUGGACAUACAGGAACGUCAGUAGAAGAAAUCCUUGAGAGAAUGGACAAUGUGGGCGAUGUCGCUGUUACUAGAGGUGACGUGGAUAAAGAUACGGGUGGGUACACGUGGACUGUGACUUUCUUACGAGAUGCCAGCGAUGCGACUCAUCCUUGUGAACAACUGGAAGAAUCGGCAGGUUCACUAUUGUGUAAUGCACCGGGAGAUGUCCCGCAGAUGGCUCCUGCUAGCACGUCGCUGACAGGGACUAGUUCUUUAGCGUCUGUGGUUACAGUUAGAGAUGGCACUAUUUUACGGGGUGAUUUUACGGAUUUUCGAGUGCAGGGAGAUGCCGGUGUCGCAGCGAGAUAUUUUGUUAGUGUUGUGUGUACCAAUGCUCCUGGUGCAGUAGCCCCCGCGGCGACGUCGUGUUCUGUAUCGUCAUUCACGAUCAAAGCUGACGGGGAUUUACUGAAAACCCAGCUUCUUCCUCAAGACCGAAUUACGGUAGGCUUGUUCACUAACUGUAUUUUUACAGUUACGGGUGUCUCGACCGCAACGGUUAGUGUUACUGCUACAACUUGUAGUGAUAUGGAUACUAGCAACACUGGUGCCACAACGUGGUUGGGGCUUUCGAUCCUUUUGCCGUGGAAUGCGGACGAAAAUCUCGUCGAACGUCAGCUCGAAGCAGCAGCGACCAAUUCAGGACGUCAAGUUAGCGUUAAGCGCACGGUGCACGGUAAAUACGGUGAGAUGUCAUGGUUAAUCCGAUUCAUCUCUAAUCCAACAUUUACACCCCCUGGAGCUGGAGAUUUGCCGGAUAUAACGACUACCUUUGCAGCCGAAGCUGCCUCAAGCAAGUAUGACGUGACUGUAACUCAAGUAACCCCGGGGUCUAAGGGACUAAGCGGAUCAUUUUUGCUAGAUUUCCACUCUUCCUCAUUUGGUCCUCGAGAGAUUUUCUUCGAUGAAGACCCGGAUCGCUUACAGCGUAAGCUGAAUGAAAUGGAUACUAUCGGCAGAGUUACUGUAAAGCGAUUCAAGUAUCCAUCUGCAGCCACUGGGUGUACAGAUUCGUCGUGCUCUGGUGGAUGGGAGGAUAUACCGGUUAAAAACCCAGGGGCACGAGGCGGUUAUCGCUGGAGAAUUCGGUUCAUGCAGGCUACCGGUGACUAUAAGGGGAACACGUUUCCUCCCGGUAGCGGCGAUGUAGCUUCGUUAUCCGUAUCGCGCUCUUUAUUGCAAGGAAGUGGAGUAUCAGUUGAUGUGUACACGAACGUACCCGGUUCUACGCCGUCACUGGGAGCGUUCGCUUUGAAUACGUCAGAGCGACAAACGCCUGCACUUCCUUACUCGUCUUCGGCUGAAGAAAUGGAACUCGGGAUCGAGGCGAUGGAUUUAUUCGGUGAAGUUGACGUUACUCAAGGGUAUUUACUGACUCAGAAGAUCCCCGGUGCGAUUGCUACGCUAACUCAAGAUGGGGUUACGGCGACGAUAACCGGUGUUGACGAUAUUCGUCAAUAUAUUGCACCAACUGACAUCAUUCGCUUCGGAUCCACUUCGGUAAAUAACUUGGCGAAUACGAACGGUGAUGCUCCAUUUACGGGAGUGGUCGAUACGUCACGCGUUAGAGUUACAGCUCGAUCACCGGUGGUGGGUUCUAAGAUGGAGUCAACGCGGUUACUCUAUCCGGGAAUGCAGUUACGUAUUGACGGGUUGGUUUACAGGGUUCAACGGACUGGACAUGAAGUCCAAACUCUAACUGCAACGAAACCUUCGGGUACAUGGUCAACAGCGUAUGCUUCCAACGCCUUCCAGUUAGAAAUGACCCGUAACGGUGUCACUAAACCCCCUACGAACUGUCUUCGCUUUAACGAAGACGCAGCGACAGUGCAGGCGGCUAUAUUCGGUCUCAUGUUCGCCUUUGAUAGUACUGCUACUACAGAUGACGUCUUGGUGUCACGUGUUGGUCCUAUGACGUUUGGGUCUCGAACAGGGUAUGUGUAUUCCGUAUAUUUUACCGGAGAAUCUGUAUCUGGAGACGUGGCCUCUUUAAAGGUGGAUACUUGCGCGGGGAUUGGCGACGCUACUGUAACUGUCAGCGUCGUCACUCACGGCGGUAAAAUACCGCAUCAACGACUGAUGGUAGCGACAGAUUACGGUCAAGUUGAGGAUACGAAAGGCUUUUAUCAACUUACACUCAACUCUCAAACCUCAGCUUGUAUGAAAUGGGGAGCGCCAGCCAGUGACGUUGAGGCAGCGUUAGAGAGAAGCCCUUUAUCUGCUGGUAACGUGGUUGUAACUCGGAGCGGUAAUGGGACAUCUCUAACGGAGAUCCAGCGCAUUCGAAUGACUGCAAAUACGGCAGUGACACCUGUUAACGGUUUGUUUAGAGUGCAGUUCACUCUAAACGGCCAGACUUCCGCGACAUCUUGUUUGAAAUACGGGAUCUCUGCUGAAGGUCUCCAGAUCGCUCUAAAUGGUUUAGCCAACUUGGGUACGCUAAAUAACAUUGAUCACAUUAACGUAACUCGAUCCGGAGAUGGAGGAGCGGACUGGGGUUAUGGAUACGAGUAUCUGAUCCACUUUAAAGGGCCGAUUAGUGGAGGUACGAGUCGUGUUCUUGGAGAUGUCCCCCAGCUUGUAAUUGGAAAUGUUGGCAUUGGACCUUGCGUGAGUGGAGCUCAAGAUGGAGUCUACCCGGCUUUGAUAGUGGAGACAGUGCGACAGGGAGCUCCUGGAUUCACGUACGAUAUUUUCUUUAUGGAUUACAAAGCCGCUCCGAUUGUAAAUUUGAUGCAGUUGAAAAGUAAAGAUAACGGAGAUAAUGUGUGUCUGGAUGGAUGGCAACAAAAUGGCGGUAGUGUUCGAAAAGCGUAUGUGGAGAUGGUUGAGCUGGGAGGAAGCAAUGAAGUACAGGUAUUGACGAUAAAGGACAGCACGGUUACGGGAUCGUACGCUAUCACAUUUGGAGGCCAAACAUCAUCCUGUCUGCUGUUUACAGCGUCAGCAAGUGACGUCGCUAAUGCGAUUAAGACACUAACAUCGAGUGCUGCUGGUGAUAUCCUUGUUUCUCUCGACUCAGAUAUCCUUAUUUCUCCUAACCGAGCCAUUUAUCGGAUCACUUUUGUUGGUGAGCUUGUGACGGGAAAUCUUCCCCUAAUUGGCGUCGUGCAGAAUAGCGAUACGGCAUGUGCAAAUACGGUUGCGACGACGAAUAUUAUCGUAGAAGGAGCAGUAGAUGGAGGGAGUGCUUCGGGUGAAUUCGCGUUAACCACCGCUUACGACGGAGAGAACCCUAGUUCACUGCAUGUGGCUUACAGUGUUUCGCAGCAGUUUAGUAUCAUGGACGAACAAUUCGAGAUCCAGCAGAUUGUUGUAUCGAACCCAAGCAACAAUUUUGUGGCUGGAGAGACGUAUACCUUGAAAAUAAUGGGGACGAACACGAACCCUAUUCCGUGGGAUGUUAGCGAGUCUGCACUUCAGUUAGAGCUCACGAAUACAGCUCAAUUAGCGCUAACACCAACUGUGGUGAGUGCGAACGAUAUUAUCGUUACCAGACGGACAAACGCAGACGUGGCUCCUCAUGGCUUCAUUUACAAUGUUUAUUUCAGCGGAUCAUCCGUAACCGGGAACGUGGCAACAGUUACUGUAGUUACGGCAACGGGUGCACAUAUUGCCCAGUCGAACAUUGUGGUAUCCACUAUACGACAAGGAGUUGCUGGAGUCUCAACGCUAACUGCGAACUCGAUCCCUUUAGCGUUACCUGAUGAUUCAACCACAGCUUCUCGUUAUCUAUCCAGCGCCGCGGUGGACAAAUUAGAGGUUUACAAAGUAAAUGGGUUCUUAUGGACGAUCAAAUUUAGGUCGUCGUUAGGGAACAUCCCUAAGUUGGGUAAGCAGACGUCAGCUCUUUUAGGGGGUACGCUGACUGUCCAGGACGAUUUCGUGCCAGGAUCAGCGUCGAAUACCUAUGUGAUCUCUAAUCUACUCCCUGGAAUCCCGUAUUACUCUCACGUUGCGGCAUGGACGGAUAUCGGCAUCGGUUCGUUCAGUUCUUCAGCCUCAAUCAUACCGAGCAGUAAAGUGUCAGGAGUCCAGAAUCUCGCAGCAGCGUACGCUCUUUAUGAGCGAGAAGUUCAGGAAAUACGUCUAGCUGCCUCUCGCGUAAUGGAAAUCCAGGAGAUUUCUACCCGCGCUGCACAUGUAGCAGAAGUUCAAACCUUAAGAACUUUCGUCCCUCCAGCCUCGUGUCCAGGAGGCAACUGUGUACAAGGACGAAUCGCUUUCCGCGUUCCGACAGUACAAACCGUGACUAUCUGGGCAUCGGCAGCGAUUUUAUCCGGAACAUUUACGUUACUGUUUGAGAGAGAAGUGCAGAAUGGGAAUACGGGGACUUUUACGAGUAUGGGGGCGAAAACUGGCGCGAUUUCGUGGAACGCACAGGCUUCUGCUGUCAAAACGGCGUUGACUUCAGUGGUUAAUGGGGCGGUUGGAGCAAGUGAUAUUGUGGUUACACGAGAUGGCGAUGCGUCAGUAGAUUUUCAGUAUGGAUAUGUGUUCCAAAUCACGUUCGUUGGGAACAAUGUGGCGGGUGAAACGAAGAAAAUUGUGUGUGAUGAUAAGACAUUUACGGCUACUGGGGGUGCUACAGUACACUGCGAUGUAUCGAUGAAUAUGGAUAUAGCGAUGGGGACAGAUACAGCUGUUCAACAAGUUAUAGUAUCUGCUAAGAAACCCUUAACGGUGGGGUCUUACAAGAUACACUUUAACUAUCUAGGGAUGGAUAAAAUGUCGGGUUGUAUCCCAUUCGACGCAUCGGCAAAGACUAUGGAAACCACUCUUGAAGCCAUGCCAAAUAUUGACAAUGUGUAUGUUACGAGAGAGACUGAUGUGGAUAAAGCGCUAAAUGGAUUCGUAUACACCGUAUUUUUCCACGGUAACGGUGUAUACGGUAACACGCCCUUAAUGGUAUGGUUGAGUUCGGAUACGGGGUGUACACCCUUCCAGACGCUAUCAAAUAAUGCGCUAACUGCUGUCGGUGUGGAUGGCAAAGUAGAUAUAACGAUGCUAGACUCAGGCGGAUUUAAUGCCGCCAACACGUUUGUCAACGCUGCCACUGCUACAGCUUCUCAGCUCACAACCGAUUUGAACCGUUUGCCUGUUUUUGGGGAUGUUCUGGUGUCCCAGUCAAUUGCAGACGAACAGGGUGGGUACAUUUGGACCAUAGCGUUCGAAGAUUCUCAAGGGAAUCUACCGCAAUUUAUCUGCGCUGUGGAUCCAAGCACCUUUACAGUUACAGAUUCCGGCUGCGAGACAGAUACUCUAACCGAUGGGAAUAUGCUUAGUGGCAGCUUCCUUAUUGAAUCUUCGUCUCCGAUUCCGUUUAAUGUUAAGCCAGAUACACUAAAAUCUACACUAGAAGCGAUGCCUCGGAUUGGUACAGUGCAAGUGCUACAAUCCGAUCCAACUCCACAGUUUGGGUACACUUGGACAAUCACCUUUUUGGACUACAAAGGCGACGUACCGAUGUUACGCGUAACGAAUUUAUUGGUGGGAACGGGUAGUCAAAUUUUUGUACGAGAAGUUCGAAAGGGUAAUUCACUAGGGGGUACGUUUAACCUUGCCUACGCUAAUGCAGUGACGACUCCGAUUACCUGGAAUGCGGCAGCGAUGGCAGCUAUGAACCCGGAUGGGUCAUCAAUGCAGGAAAAGCUCGAAGCUCUGGACGUCGUAGGUAAAGUGAGUAUUGUUCGAACGGGACCUGACGAAGAGGGAGGGUACUCGUGGCGGGUGACAUUUCUGGAUAAUAUCCAAAAUUCGGGAGAUUUACCGCUUCUUCAAGGAAAUGCAAGUGGAUUAACUGGGGAAGGAGCUGUUGUGUUUAUUAGGGAAGUUACAAAAGGCUCUAAUGCUGUUGGAGAUCAGUUGUGGCUCUCGUUCGACCCGCCAGCGACAGAUAAUGGCAGUCCGAUCACUAAAUACCAGGUUCGAUGGGACACAUCCGACAAGUUCACAGCGAAUCCGGCGGAUGUUUUCAUCUCGGACGCAGAUAAACUGUACAGAACUCAACGGAUCACCACAAGCGCUUCCAGUCUCGCGUGGUCGAACAACAUGAUCCGAUCGGUAGAUGAAAUCCAGAAGGUCAAGAUUCUCACGACGGGGACAUUUACCUUGUCGUUCCGUGGUGCAACCACUGGGACGUUUACGGCAGUAGCAGCAGGGAUAACAGCAGGAGCCACGACGAUUGCUGGCUUGAAGUCGGCACUGGAAGCUCUUUCUAGUGUCGGAUCCGUCGAUGUAUCUUCAGCCAAGACAGUGCUGGAAGUGGGAGCUGAAGUCUUGAUCACAUUUACAGCACAACCAGGUGACCUUCCACUACUAAAUCCGAGUAAUGGCGUGGCUUCGGUAGAAGAAAUCCACACUGGGGAGACGAAUUUCCGUAAAGAAGUGGUCGUUUUCUCGUGUACGGCGACUCAGGGAACGGUUCGGUUCACGUAUAAUGGGGACAACGCUGACGUGAACUUUAACGCGCCACUGAUUACAGUCGAGACGAGUUUGUCGACUCUAUUCGACGUCGAAGCGGAGAGUAUCAGUGUGUCGAGUGCGACGCAGUUGGUGCUGUGUAAAUCUGCUACGCCGGCAGAUGUCAAGAUUGUGUUUGAUAGGGUAUAUGGAGAUAUUACUCUAUCUAUCGAUAAGGGUAUUGACGCUGGAGCUGAUGCUGUAAUUGUGUUCAAUAUGGACACUUCUAUCGACGGAGUGUAUAACGACGACCCCGCACUUACCAUGAGUGGAACCUUCCAGGUUGGAUACCAAAAUCAAUACACUCGCCCUCUAAACGCCGAGUCGAGUGCGGAUCAAUUACGGUACGCACUUGAAGACCUCGACUCGAUUCAAACUGUUAGUGUCAAGCGGGAACUAUCGUACCAGUCUCUACCUGGUAAAGUUGAUGUGACGGAGGGAGAGAUUUUCGUGACGUGUAGUACUGGGGAGACUUGCAGCUUUUAUUCGGCCGCGUAUGGACUUCCAGGGUAUAAGAUUCGCAUUGGUGGAGACUGGUACACUGUUCGUACAGAUGUGAGUUCUCCAGGGCUACACAAGACCCGGCUGUAUCUUGGUGACUUCAAUGGUCGAGAAAUAGGGUAUCUAGGUUCGACUGAGAUUGCAGUUACGGUGUAUGAGUGGACGAAGGGUUAUGUUUGGACUGUGGAUAUGCUAAGCGUGGUGUCACCACUUGGAUAUUUGCGUGCGAAGGUUCCUCGAUUGCAUCCUACUGACUCUACAGUAAGAAUAUCGGGUAGUGGCUGUGAUAAAUGCUACUAUCUACCAACACAAACAUCUAAGAAACUUACGAUGGGGCAGCUCUACUAUAUCGAGGUGCAUGCCUACAACGAUAACGGAAAGGGAGCUGCACCGGUUAAGGGUUUAAUAAGCGCAACACCAAGCCAGGUCCCCGUUGCGCCAUCGAAUGUAAAUCUUGCAGUCAUUUCUGGCAAAGAAAUUGAGGUCUUUUUCUCGCCACCACCACUGGCAACGACGAACGUGAGUCCAAAUUUCAACAAUGACAUCUCGUCCUACAUCUUGCAAUGGGAUGUGAAUGCCGCUUUUAAACAUGGCCGUCAGAUCUGUGCCAACUGCGCGACUCAACUCAAUGGAAACACACUGUCGGUCUCAAUUUCUCUCUCAAAUUACCUGAUACAAAAUUCAAAAUUCACUUUUGCGGAUGAUUCUUGCGUGUUGACGGCAAAUAUUGUGAGUCCUACGUCAGUUCAAGUCCAAUCUGGUCAUGGAUGUGCCAAUUUCAAUGGCCAAACGUACCCACUGUACUACUACACGUAUCCACCGCAAGUACUAUCAGGUUCUGCGAUCCAGGGCUCACCGCCAUUCCGAUACGUUAUUCCGAACCUGGUAUCCGGUAAAACAUACUACGUUAGAGUGGCGGCGGUAAAUUCCGUACCUGUACAGCAGAUCUCGUUAAGUGGAGAACCCCCUAACAAUCGCCAAUGGAGCUACCAGUUAUCUGCGACCACGGCGGAUAAGGUACCGGAUCCUCCAUUAUCCGUAUACCUUAACCCGUUCUCGUCCACUAUGUUAGAGUUACAGAUUCAACCACCCAUCCGAGAUGGCAAAGGGACAGGUGGAACUGGAAUAACAGCGUUUUGGAUUGAUGUGGAUACAGCAUCCACGUUUGACUCAGUCGGUAAGCGUACUCCUGUCGAGGUUCUCGUUAAUAGCGGCUCUAUUCCGGAGCUUUACAGUGGAGGACCCCGUAUAUAUCUGGUUACGGGACUUGUAACUGGUACUCGCUAUUUCGCUCAGGUGAAAACUGUAAACUCUAUCGGAUACAGUCGUGCAACAAUCGCUCCAAAUCCUCAAACACCUACACGGCAUCCAAGCGCCUCAGUGAACGUUAAAGCAAGUACACUUACAGUCUCGUCGUCUCCUAUUACAUCAGCUACUAUAACGUGGCAGAAACCAGUGGAUACGGGUGGAUUACCGUUAACAGGUUACAGGGUGGAAUGGUGGCGUUCCGAAUUUCGUCCUGAGAUCCAAACAAUUGAGCUGAAAUGGACGACACAACCGACUGCUGCACCCUUUUCUCUAUCGUUUGGAGCGUUAACAACGGCAGCUUUACCUAUGGAUAUUACAGCGGACAAUCUUCGCUUCGCUCUAAUGAGUCUGGCGUCUCUAACUGACGUCCCUAUUGGACAUAUCGAAGUAUCCCGAGUUGCUGUAAACAUCGUUCAAGGUUACCAGUGGAUCGUGACAUUCUCUAAUACCAAUAAAAACGCAGGUAAUCAACCCCUUAUCCAGUAUUCUCAAGGUACAAUUACAGGCGGUGCGGGUGUUGUUGGGCGGGUUUUCGAAGUGCAGUCUGGUAUCGCUGUACCAGUAUCGAAUUCCUUCCCUGGAAGGCAAGAAAUUCAAGUUCUGGUAACGUAUCAUACAAGCACAGUGGCUGGCUACUUCAGGUUGAGUUACAGAGGUUCUGCCUGGACCAAUUAUCUAUCCGCGACUGUCAGCGCUGCAGAUUUAAAGUUAGCGUUAGAGGCUUUACCGACAAUCGGUGUGGUUACAGUCAACUUAGAGACGAUGUUGCUAAGUGGAGCGGCAUGGUCGAAUGGGCGAGUCUGGACGAUCACAUUCGAGUCAAAUGUGGGGAAUCUGGCACCGCUUAUUGUGGAUUCCUCCAGAAUCAGUCCGUCCUCAGCGUUUGUAGGCGUUAAAGACGGAGACAACGCAGUGGAUACGACUGGAUUACUGUGUCUACCGGACGGUACAACUGGAUGUUCUGGUUCGUGGCCUGCAGCCAUAAAAACUCUAAAACAACAGGCUGCUCCAACGAAAACUAUAGCUCAGUUAUCAACUCCAGGUGAAGCUGCCGUUGACUAUGGGUACUACGAAACACUGGACGCCAGUACGACAACGUACAAUAUUCCAGGGCUUACACCAGGGAAUUCCUACUUAGUGUCAGUCUCAGCGAAGAACUCCCAAGGCCUUGGUGCUCGUACGCAGUCUUCACCGAUGAUUGUGACGCCACCAGUGCAAGUUCCUGGUCCCCCUGUGAACGUAAGUGUCGAGGUUAAUCCAGGCUAUUCGACUCAGUUAGUGGCUAGAUGGGAAGCACCUGUAAGUGAUGGUGGAAGUCCCGUCUGGAUGUACCGAGUCGAGUACGACAUGUCGUCGCAGUUUACAGCAAGAGGACAUCAAGAUCAAUGGUGUCCUGUAGCGUUUACUCCUGCGAUUUGGCUCGUACAGACAGUAAGGACCAGUGCACCAUCAACGGAUCCGAUAUCAGGCGGAUACUUCCGAUUAGAGCUCACACGGAGGAAUAUUGUGGAAGUAUCGGACCCCAUUCCGUGGAACGCAGUCGGUAAAGCGAGUGACGAAGAGAGUUCAGUCACGUCUUCGUCGUCCGGCGUUUUCUGUACGACGGGAAUUACAGUCUGUACGGCCGCUCAGAUGCAAACUUCAGGGUCUAUGCAGUCGAAACUUGGGCGAUUCUCAGAACUUGAUAGUGGCGUGGAGGUCACGAGAAGUACUAUGGAUGCUAGUGGGGGGUUUACAUGGACGAUCACGUUUCUAGACGGUGGGGACGAUUUCUCACUAAUUGCCAGAGAUAUUAACCUAGCGUGUACUGGUGCUGGGUGUACUGGGACUUACGAUAUUCUGCCUUCCAAGUCAAGACCUGGUAUCAAACCCUCGAGUUGUACUGGAAGCCACGUGAUCCCCACUUCGGGUGUGUUGAAUAAGGGACAACUGUACUAUGUGCGUGUAUUCGCCUACAACCAGAUCGGCUUUGGAGAUCCUCAACUGGCUGUUGCUCCUGAGAAACCUAUGGUGGUUCCAGGAGCUCCAACUGGAGUUACGCUGGCAGUGCUAACGGUAUCGGAGCUGGUCGUACUCUUUAAUCCACCCGAUGAUAACGGAGGAGAUACCGUUACUGGGUACGAAGUGCAGUGGGCUACGGAUGCAGCGUUUACAUUCCCUAACUCCGCUCUGGUACAACUCACUGCUGGUAUGAGUUCUCCAUACAAACGUAUCAUUUCAUCUCUAACGAAAGGUACGCGCUACUAUGUCCGUGUUCGCGCUCGUAACUCGCAAGGUCUUGGGCAAUUUCAAGUCUCGUCUCCAGCUUCACAACAACCGUAUACGACGCCAAGCUCACCGACUCAAGUUGUAUUAGGGAUCACCAGCUCGACCAUGUUAACGGUGGGGUGGGCCCCACCUAUAGACGAUGGUGGAGACUCGGUGUCGGGGUACAUCGUACAAUGGGAUGUGGUCUCUACCUUUGAUUCUCUAGCCACCGGAAGCACCACUGCAGUGAUCAAUGACGCGACCCAACGUGCAUAUACCAUCACGCUGUUAACGCCUGGAACGCGCUACUACGUCCGAAUUUUCGCUAAGAAUUUAGGGGGUAAAGGUCCCCCCCAGUCGUCGACUCCGGCCUCAAUCGUACCUGCUACAACGCGUCCGGGUAAGCCAAACUCGUUGGCUGCUGCUCCUACUACUACCGUCGGUCAACUCCAAGUUGUGUGGCAACCUCCGCGUGUUCCAGCGCAUGGGAUUCCGUGUGCCGGGACGUUGCAAGCGCCUCAAAGUUGCCCCGUUUUAGGUGGCCUAGACAUGGUCUUUGGAGGUGUUAGUUUGGAGAGCUAUAUGGUGCAGUAUGCGGAUUCGAGUGACUUCUCUUUGGCGAAAGAGGUCAGUGUUACGACCACGUCGGCGAUGAUUUCGGGACUUGAAAGUGGGAAAACCUACUAUGUUAGGGUUCUUACGGUGAAUAGUCAAGGACUCAACAGCGACUUUUGCAUGCGUGCAAACGCUCAAGGACUGCUAUGUCCGGGUCAUUUGGUACUGGAGGAUGGCAGUGUAGUCACGGGAGACUUUGUCUUCGCUGCACCAAAGUAG